UUAGGUCGUUCCAUGUUUAAAAAAAAUUGCUUUUGACAACUAGAUAACUUCAUUUUAUUGCAAAGCAUUUAAUAGCAUCUUCGGGGAAAUAUGGAUAGACUUUCUUUGUUUUUGUUUCUGUUCUCCGUGAUAUCAUUGGGACAAGCGCAUUACAAAGAGACAGUCUAUCGACCUUCUCACAUUUACACCUUUUAUGCUGAUGACAGCGACGACGUUCCAUGGGAUGAGGCUGAUUUCAGAUGUGCUUGGCACGGUUCGGGACAUCUUGUUUACAUAAAAUCAUGGGAUAUGAACCAAGCCGUUUAUGAAGCUACCGAUUCAUGGGGUAAUCGUGAAUCUUGGAUAGGGGCACAUGAUAAAUAUACCGAAGGAUAUAUGUACUGGAAUGAUGGGACAAAACUGAGUGAGGGAUACCAAAAUUGGGGUAGUGGAGAACCUAAUGAUCAUUUUGGCGAGGAUUGUGCGGAUUUUGUGUCACCAAAUAACUACUGGAACGAUGAAGACUGUGGACACAAAUAUGGAUUUAUUUGCCAAAAAGAAACAUCAACAAGUACCGCCCGUGACUACACCGAAGUGGUUUAUGUCAAAACAAAUUCAAUCGAAAAAUCAGUACUGAAACAGAGAUGUUCGGCUCUUGGCUACCAUCUUGUGGAAACAAAGAAAUACGGAAGCGUUCCUGUAAAUUUACCACCAAACCUUAGAGAUUUACGUACGAAGUAUCAGCGAGAAUGUCUUGUUAUGGGAAGAAAUGGAUUUAAAAGACAAAUCUGUGACCAAACGUUAUCUUCUGUUUGUGAAGCGAUUCACUCCUACAAUUUAAAAAUAUCGACCGUACAAGAAGAUUACAUGGAAUUGGACAAAAUUGAGAUCGAUUGCACCGCAUCCGGAAUUCCGCUCCCUAAUGUAACCUGGCAUAGGGGAUAUGCCCUUGUCCCGGAAUCCUCAGAUGAAGAUAUAUAUCAGACUUCAAGAAAAGGAAAAUCAACCCUGAUCAUCAAGAAAGCACAACCUACAGAUACUUCACGUUACAGAUGCUUUGCUGAAAACAAAGUUGGCGAUACUGUCAAAAGAAUAAAAGGAUACUUAGACAUAAGAGUACACCCACAAACAUUGACCAGAUCAGAAAACAAACUCAAGUCUGCAAAUAUACAAGAAGAUUCAAUCUUGAGCACUGACCUUGCACUUGAUCAACCUUCUUCUUGUCAAGAGACCAACAAGAAUUCGUGGAUGAUUCCAACUAUUUUUGGAUUCAACAUUCUGAUUUUGAUUUUGCUGUUCGUCAUCACCUGCAGAAGUUUAGGUCAAGCUUCGCCGAAAAUAUCCGAAUAUGGACAUGAAUUCACGAAUACCAACUAUGUUAGUAUGUAUAUAUUUGUUGUUUGA